AUGGAGCUGCUGCGGCGGGUAGGCUAUACGGCUCCCUCCUGGGCGUCGCAUCUGAGGGCACCAGAGCAUGGGCGGGUGCUUCUCGGGCACCUGCCCACGCCGCUCAUGCCAUGGGCUUGCCCGGCCCUGCGAGACCUCGACGUGCAGUGGUCGCUGAAGCGCGACGACAUCUCGGGCGUGGAGUUGUCUGGCAACAAGGUGAGGAAGCUGGAGUUCCUCAUGGCCGAGGCGUUGGGCACUGGCUGCGACUGCGUGGUCACGGUGGGCGGCCAGCAGUCGAACCAUUGCCGCGCCACCGCGGCGGCCGCGCGCUUGGUGGGCCUGGAGCCGCACUUGGUGCUGGUCGUCAAGACGGGGAAGGAGGACACGGACCCUGGCAUGGAGGGCAACUUGCUCGCAGCGCGGAUGCUCGGCGCCAGGCUGCACAUCUGCGCCGCCGCCGACUACUACCGGUGCGGCGGCGACCUCGCGGCCAUGGACCGCCUGAACGAGGCCGCGGCCGAGCAGCUGCGCGCGGAGGGCCGGCGGCCCUACGUGGUGCCCGUGGGCGGCACCGCGCCGCUCGCCACGUGGGGCUACCUCAGCGCCGUGGACGAGCUGCAGCAGCAGCUGGGAUCCCUGGCGGGGCAGCGGCCCGUCGACCACGUGGUCUUCGCCGCGGGCACGGGCGGCACGGCCGCGGGCCUGGCGCUGGGCGCGCGCCUGGCGGGGCUCGGGGCGCAGAUGCACGCGGUGAACGUGCAGCACUCCCCCGACGACUUCUUCCCCGUCAUCGACCGCGAGGCCCAGGCGCUCGGGUCCGCGCCGGCGAGCGAGGGCACCGCGAGGGACUGGCUCAGCAUCCACGACGGCAGCGGCUCCGGCUACGCGGUCACGACUCCGGACGAGCUCGGCUUUAUCCGCGACGUGGGUUUCGAGUCCGGAGUUGUGUUGGACCACGUGUACACGGGCAAGGCGCUGUACCAUUUCUGUCGGCAUGCCAGGGACCACCCCGAGCGCUUCCGCGGGAAGCACAUCCUGUUCUGGCACACAGGCGGACUCCCUGGGCUCGCGGCCAAGGCGCAGGAGCUGGCCGCCGUCCUGCCGCCGGACCGCACGCGCCGCCUGCGACUGCCCCCCGCGGAGGCGGCGCGGCCUGCGCUGAAAAGCCGGGCCGCCCUCCUCCGCUCGUGGCGGACGGCUCCCCGAGAGUUGCCCCCCGCCCGUCGCGAG